AUGCUCCAUUGGGAAGCAGACAAUACUCCUCCUCCUCCUCCUCCUCCUCCUCCUCCUCCUACUACUACUACUACUACUACUACUACUACUACUACUACUACUACUACUACUACUACUACUACUACUACUACUACUACUACUACUACUACUACUACUACUACUACUACUACUACUACUACUACUACUACUACUACUACUACUACUACUACUACUACUACUACUACUACUACUACUACUACUACUACUACUACUACUACUACUACUACUACUACUACUACUACUACUACUACUACUACUACUACUACUACUACUACUACUACUACUACUACUACUACUACUACUACUACUACUACUACUACUACUACUACUACUACUACUACUACUACUACUACUACUACUACUACUACUACUACUACUACUACUACUACUACUACUACUACUACUACUACUACUACUACUACUACUACUACUACUACUACUACUACUACUACUACUACUACUACUACUACUACUACUACUACUACUACUACUACUACUACUACUACUACUACUACUACUACUACUACUACUACUACUACUACUACUACUACUACUACUACUACUACUACUACUACUACUACUACUACUACUACUACUACUACUACUACUACUACUACUACUACUACUACUACUACUACUACUACUACUACUACUACUACUACUACUACUACUACUACUACUACUACUACUACUACUACUACUACUACUACUACUACUACUACUACUACUACUACUACUACUACUACUACUAGCAAUGAAAAUUCAAUCGUUAUUAUAGUUUGUCAUCAAUCACUAUUUUCUUUACCCUCCUCCCCUUCCUUUUUCUGUUAA